GCCGCCUCAGUGAUUGGCCGAUCAUGGCUUCACCUCCCUACGGCGGUAUUACGUCGCCACCAGCUGGCUCGCCUCUUGCGCUACCAGGCCAACGACAGCGACCAACCCUAGCUCUUCCGACGGGUAUCAAGUCGCGCAAACCGUCAGUAGCCAGCGCAAUAUCUUCAGCGCACCCUCUCCGUCAGACUUCCUUCCCACCCCCUGACAGCCUCGAAGCCCAACAUGCGCUCGCCGAGGACAAUAUGCUGGCGCAGUAUUCGCCCUCCGCCACCGGAUCUAUGGAUGACUUCAGCGAUGACCUCGACGUCGAAAGCGCUAUCAGCAUCCCUGCAACGGAUGGUGGGCUCGCUUCUUCGGCAACGAAGCGCAAACGGGGUGCCGAAAAGGGCAAGCGGGGACGGCCGCCCAAGUAUCGAGGCGUGAACGGAGACGAUGGACGGCUACAACGUCGGGCAUUCACGGGAGGCGCACCUUCCAUCGUCACUGCCGAGGAUGCUGGCGAAGUUGACGAAGAAGACGACUUCGAAGAAGGCACGACCGGUGGCCCUGGCGGUGGACGUCUGCCACUGUACGAAGGUGGGCAAAUGACACCCGCAGAACAAGAAGCCGAGCGGAAACGCAAGGCGGCCUUCUACGAGAGCGUGUCGGAGGAGCACAAGCACCGAUUCAAUACAUUCGGACGGGCGAAGCUGAAGACCGCGGAUGUGAGGAAGCUGGUCAAUCAGACGUUGAGUCAGAGCGUGCCGCAGAACGUUGUCUUGGUCGUCAGCGCUUAUGCGAAGAUGUGGGCUGGCAUGAUGAUUGAGGACGCGAGACAGGUGCAGAGGGAGUGGGAAGCCGUGGCGGACAAAAGAGCGGAUGGCGAGCCGAAUAGGGCGUGGCGGAGGCUGCAAAAGACUGCCGACGAGAAGGAGAACGCUGGCGAAACUGGCGAGGUCCGUAGCGCGAACGCAGAAGGCGCGCAGCCUGUCGCGCUUGUAAAUGGAAGCGAGGCCGUUGCGAACGAGCCUACGUCUCCGGACAAUCGCAGUACGGUCAAUGGUACUAAGCACGAGAAUCCGAAGGACCACAGCAAGAAAGACUUAAAAGGCAGCAAUGGCGACUCUGUGGAAGCAUUACUUGUACCGCUAGGUGGCGCUGGUGGGCUCGAAGCCGAAAUUGAGGAGUGUGAUCUUGGUCCGCUGCUUCCGGACCAUCUGCGUGAAGCGCUCAGACGGUACAGAAAACGCCAUGCUGGCGGAUCGGUGGGCUUCACCGGACUGAGUCUUGAAGGCAGAGAGAAUACUGCACCCAGAAUGGGCGGGAGGCGGUUGUUUAGGUGACAUGAGUGAAGCACAUCCCGAGUUCUUUUAGCGUGGCGUUGGUGGUCGAAAGGUAGUACUGUGAUUAGGAACCACAGAUUCUUUACGACGUUAGUAUAGUCAAUGUCGCGACGAGUUUCGCAAUGCGACGUAGUCACCGUGAUUAUGGCGGGGUCCAGGAUUAACAGCAC